AUCUUUAUCUGUAUUCGAACUUAUCUCUGUAUAUAAUGACAGGGCAGAUAGGGCGACACAGGUAGACCAAAACAAGCCGAACAUAACAGUCAGAACCACAGAAUGUUGUCAAACAGAGCUGUCUUUGCGCUGAUCCUCGCUGUGGCGUACACUUACGGCGCGACUGUGUUCCCAACUUUCACGACUCAUCACGUUACCCAUCAUACAACGCAUGCGCACGGCAAUCAUACUACGCAUGCGCACGGAAAUCACACUACGCAUGCGCAGCACAUGACAACGGAACACAACGAAAAAGAGUCAUGGUCAUUCGUUUACGAGGCCACUACGCAUCAAAUGGUGAUGCAUCGGUUACAUACCUGCUACAUCUUCACAUUGACGCCCGAACAACAGAAGAGCGUACACACUAAUCAUGGUAUUCUGGAUCUAGAGAUCCAGCUUAUAGGCAUGUUGUCAACUGGGACGCAGACCAACGUGACUGCGAACAGCGUUGACCCUCACCUGAAGAGAGCUUGUGGAGCAAGCAUCUUCAAAUACAUUGUGGUCUCGUAAUAUAGUGUAGGGUCAAGAGUUAUAUGUGUACACAAUAAAAUGGCAAAAUCA